AUGAUUUAUGCUAUAUUACUAGUAUUGUUGACACACGUCGGUUGGUAUGACCACAAACACCUGCUCUGGCAAUGUUCGCGGGAAAAGUCAAGAAUCGUUAAGAGUAUUAUUCAAAAAAAAUUUAUGCCUAUAUUAGACCGGUAUCGCAUCCAAAUGCCAUUGGAUUGUCCUUUCCAUCCACAUCGGGACCUAUUGUGGUGGCCCAACCCGCAAGAUGAACAAGAGUUUGAGGAUGAGCUCAGUUUUCAAUGGACCUGUCCUUUCUGUGGAUCAACUUUUCUAUGCUCUGAACGACUGGCCAUUCAUUGGGAUGAAAAACAUCGAAAAGAUUUAUUUCACUCUGAAGAUUCAAUUUGUUUGGCUAAUUAUUGCGAUAUAAUGAGAUGUGAUGUCAUAUUAGCAAACAAACGAAAUCGUCGGAACCGAUUGCGAUCAAUGGUAUUAUCAAAGAAUAUAACAGAUUUAAAAAGUGAGUCCAAAUGUGAUCCAAAUUUAAUGAAACAAUUGGAGAGUCGCUGUCAGUCAGUGGUCCGUCAGUGCACUCAAGGCUUGAUUUCUGUCAUAUCCGCUAAAGACUAUCGCGAUAUUGAAUAUGAUUUAAUUGCAAGCAUUUGCUCUUAUCUUUCGUGUGACCGAUAUUUCGAUGACUAUUCAAAUGAGAGUUCAAACGUUCCGUUGACUCUUUCAAUGAUUAUCGGUAUUGUAAUGAUUGGAGGUUUCUGUUUAUGUUAUUAUAUCGUUUGGAUAUUAUUUGAUUCUGGCUAUAAAUCACGGGUUGAACUCAUGUCUUGUGAGUCAAUUGAGGACAAAGAAAUGGAUUCUAAGAACAGGAAGAAUAGUACGGCUGAUAUUAAAAGACAAAAGUUUAGGUCGUCGUCAAAGCCUAGCAUUCAAGAGUCAAGUGGUGAUGAAGGACUCACAUCCAGUGAUCGACCAAAGAUUAUGAUCACAUCUCCAUCAACGCAUCGAUUUUUCAGAAGUCAUCCGAUUUAUUACUAUCACUCUAACCAUCCAAACUAUCCCAAUCAUCAUACGAUUCAUUCGAGCAUUGAAGAGGAUUGUUGGGAAAGUUGUGUGGAUGUGCCCAUUACUCGUCCCAUAAGUGACUUACACGACUAUCCGAGUUCAAGUACGACCGCCACUAUCACUGCCACCACUGCCACCACUCAACACUCAAAACCAGAGAGUGUCUCCCGGGCCUCGUCUUACACAACCAGUCAAUCAAUUCAAUCCAAUCCAUACAACAGAUAACAUAAUCAUUUAAUUUAAUUAUUAGACCACUAUUUAUA